ACUUAGAAUUUUAUCAAUAGAAUCAGCUCACCCCAAUACUAGUAAAGCCCGUUUAGUCAUCUGUGCUCAAUCUACCAGAAAAGCCCACUUACCAAUUGAACUGAAAGUUGAACAAGAACCAGUUAUUAUAGCCUAUAAUGGAGUUCCUCGUUUCAAAACUUCACUCACUGAUUUGACAUUUCUGCCGCCCAUCAAUCCACCCACCUGACCUCCCAAUCUCCGCCGCGGCGCAACCUUCUUCAUCUUCUUCUACCAACUUCCCCACUUUUCUCUCUCCUCCUACAUUGCUGGGGUUCGUUUACUUUCCAGAUUAAAGCUUGGUUUAAGGGGUGAAUUGUGGAUAGCUUGAGUGUUGAAAUUGAAAGGAAAUAAAAAAGCUGAAGUAUAAGGGAGAGAAAUAACUUUGGCUUAACUGUGUCGAGGUUUCGAUCGACAUGGUUUUGACCCCAGUGGGUAGUGUUAUUGCGUUCCACCUAGAGUUGAAUGCAUGAUAUGAUUUGCAGUUUUGGCAAACACCGAUCUGUCUAUAGAGCUCUUAUAUCAAGAUUUGUAAAAGCGGGGCUUAUAAAUCAAGCGAUUGAAACUUUUGAUGAGAUGAUUACUUCAAAUUGUCGAGUAUUUAGUAUAGAUUACAAUCGAUUUAUCGGGGUUCUAAUUAAACAAUCCCGUCUUGACUUAGCUGAGCAUUAUUACCACACAAUGAUCCCACAAGGGUUUUCAUUGAUUUCUUUUACAUAUUCGAGAUUUAUAUGUGCUUUGUGUGAGGUGAAGAAUUAUCAGCUCAUUGAGUAUCUGUUGGAGGAUAUGGAAAAGCUUGGAUCGGUGCCGGACAUAUGGGCAUACAAUAUUUAUUUACAUUUGUUGUGCCAGGAAAAUAAAAUAGACUCGGCUUUAAGCUUAUUACGGGAUAUGAUGGAGAAGGGCAGAAAACCUGAUGUUGUAACUUUUACUAUACUUAUUAGUGGAUUGUGUAAAGUAGGGCAAUUUGACAAUGCUGUUGAGAUUUGGCAUACUAUGAUAAAGAUUGGAUUGAAUCCAGAUGACAAAGCAUGUAGAGCUUUGGUUCUUGGUUUAUGUGGUGGUGGUAAAGUUGAUUUAGCUUACGAGCUUAUAGUAGAUAUGAUGAAAUGUGGAGCACCUACAAGUAUACUGGUUUAUAAUGCCCUUAUCAGUGGGUUCUGUAAGGUUGGCCAGAUCAAUAAAGCACUCACUAUCAAAUCAUACAUGAAGAAGAAUGGAUGUGAGCCAGAUCGGGUCACAUAUAAUAUACUGUUGGGUUAUUGUUGUGAUCAGCUUAUGCUGACGGAGGCUGAGAAACUGAUGGAAAAGAUGGAAAAGAAUGGGCUUGAACCUGAUAUAUACAGCUACAACCAAUUUCUGAAGGGUCUUUGCAAAGCUAAGCGCAUGGACAAGGCGUAUUUGUUGCUUGAUGUCAUGGAAGUGAAAGGAUUAUGUGAUGUUGUCUCUUAUAAUACUAUUAUCGAGGGACUAUGCAGUGGCCAACACACGAAAAGGGCUUACAAGCUAUUUGAGGAAAUGGUCCGGAAAGGUAUCGCCCCUGAUACUAUGACAUUUACCAUCCUCAUAAAAACUUUUCUUAGGGAAGGAAGUUCCAACAUUGCCAAGAGUCUUCUUGAUCAAAUGACAGGAAUGGGCAUUUUUCCUGAUUGUGUUUUGUAUACCAUAAUUAUUAAUCAUCUUUGUAAGACGGGAAAAAUUGAUGCGGGUCAAAGUGUUUUCAAUGACAUGGUUGAGAAUGGGACAACUCCAGAUGUAGUCUCAUACAAUGCUCUUAUAACUGGGCUGUGUAAAGUUUCUAGAAUGAACGAGGCUAUGAGUUUGUAUCACAAUAUGCAAAAGGCAGGACCCUGUCCUGAUGAGGUCACUUUUAAAUUGUUAAUUACAGGGCUGAUACGAAAAAACAAGAUUUCAGUGGCUUGUAGCUUGUGGGAUCAGAUGAUGGAGAAGGGAUUCACCCUGGAUAGAUCAAUCUCUGAAAAACUAAUUACUGCACUCCAUUCAAAAGACAGUUGAUAGUUAAGCAAGGCAUUAUUUGAUCCUGUUGGUGAGGCGCUAACUAGUUGCGUCCUCAAUUAAUAGCUAUAGAUUCCACGAGUUCCGGGCCAGGUACACUUCAAAAUCUGCUUAUAAUUAAUUUUGGCACAGGGAGAUGUUGCGGUUACUUGUAUCUUGUUGAUUCAGCAUCAGCAACUUGCAACCUCAGUAUGAGAUGUUUGUACGGGCUUUUGAUUUUUCAGAGAAUGUACAUCAAUCAAACUAAGACAGCAAUGGUUUCAUUGGUUUUUGCACUGAGGUUCAAGUCAAGUUUAGUAGCAAAGGGAACUGUGCUUGAAGAGAGGGAUAACCUACAUCAUUGCUGCCAAUAGAUAUGGUAGGGUGUUGUUUUUCCCUUUGCUUUUAAGCUUGUAAAUUGGGAUAUAUACAUAUACUCUUACUCAAUUGAAAACUUUGACUUCCUAUACAUUCAAUGGUGUUGCUGGUUUGAAGAUCAGUUUAUAUGGGGAAAUCAGGUUGUUAUGCCAUUAUCUUUUCAAAUUAUGAUUUGAUUAAAUUGUCUUUUGCCAUUUGAAGGUGUUUGAUGAUCAUAUCACAUUUUUUGAGCCAGAUUGUUCACAAUUGUCACUUUCCAGCAAGUGUACUGUCAAUUUCAUUGAGGCAAAUUGUUAGUAUAAUAGUAUUCUGCUAAUAUUUGUCCUCUUCCCCUCUGACAAUCAUAAGUUUUGCAUCCUUUGUUGGAUCCAUAAAAGUGCCAACAAGUAGUUCAACAAUUUAAGUUGCUUGUUAUUUUCUGUAGAUUGCAAUAGAUCAUUAACAUGUAUAAGGUUAAUGAUAUUUAGUUAUGUAAAUGUGACUCAUUUAUUAACAAGUUAUGACUAUUACACGGUAAUGUGGGGGCUAAUUCGGGCAAUGGUUUCACAAUUGCUUCUUCUUAUGAGUUUAAUAAGUCCAUUUGUCUUGAUUGUCAAAAUAGCCUGAGUUCUUCCACUGUGUCCCAUUCCCCCCUCAGCCCUUCAUCUGGACAAUCAUAAGAUCUUAAUCUGUCUUUUCUUCUUUCACAUAGCUGUAUUAUUCUGCAGUCAUCAUCUUACAUGAGUUGCCACUCUCCUCUGAUUUGGCUAAGUUAAUUCUUCUGUCAAUUUUGCAGAAUAAUAGAUUUUGUCAAAUAGGUAGGAAGAGGUCUCCCUGUUGCAGCAAAUGCUAGAUUUAAAUAACAAUUAGCUUUCAAAUUGAAUCAGAUUAAUUAUAUUCAAAAUUCAAUUAUAUUCUUUAGCAGGGUUUUGUUGAAUAUCUAUCUUUCUUUUUCAUUCUUUUUUUUAGGCACAGUUUUAGAAAUUUGAUGAUCCUUUUUUUUUCCCCUUUUUUUACCCUCAAUUCUGCUAAGAAAUUAAUAGAGUUUUCUGUACAACUUUUGACUCUGAAGUUGAAAUUAACUGAAAUUCAAUUUGGGAAACAUUUCAUGCAUUGAUAAAGGGUUGUGUUAAAAAAAUGACUUAUAAAGUUAUAAUGUAUGGAUUCCGCUGCUGCAAAUUGAGGGAGAAACUUGUCUGGUCUUGCGGUGCAUUCACUCCUGUUACAAGAAUGAGAUGAAGCCUUUUCUUGACUGGAGACGCUGUAUACAUAGCUGAGUACAACCUAUUAAACCUUUUUUAUUCAGGCGGUGUAUGAAUGGUUGCUAAUUUGCUGACUAUCUAAGCAGCCAAGGGACAUGUGGUGUGUUAGGAGGAAAGUGAAGGAGUCUUCUUUGAAGUGAACUGAAUCUGGAGUAUAUCUUAAAGAAGGCUGGAUUUGGAAUGGACCCUGACGAAGUGUAUUUGGAGGUAGUUGAUGACCAGGAGGUACUGGCUGCCAAUAUACUCUACGAGCCAUCUAGCACCAAUUUGUCCAGCGGCUCAUUUAACUCAAAAAAAAGGCAGAAGGAUUCUGGAGGAUAGCCAAAUGCAGGCCUACAGUCACAGACCCACACACACACACUGUAGUGGCGGAAAGCUGUAGAAUGGGUACAGGCCUACACAUGCACACACACACACGCAAUGUUGUUGGAGUUUCGGUAGACAUUCCAGAGGUGCUUGUGGUACUUCUUCCUUCUCAAGUCAAUUUCAUGAUCCACAAUUCCACACUAGCCGACUGGAGCCUGGAGGUGCCCCUCGUGCAACUUAAGUUGUGUUUUUAUCUCAGUUCUAAAGCAAAUCUUGCCGUGAAAAUUGGCAUUGUCAGUAACUGUACAGUUUUGUGUCUUGUAGAGUUGUAAUGGUAUUUGAAAUUGAUACAGAGUAUGUAAGAAAUAGUGAAGAAUCGGAAUAACAUAGACCACAUUAUUCUUUUAUUCAAUGUUUUUUUGAAUAGCUUUUGCUGAUGGCUUUUUCUGGUCAAUAAAUUUUUUAGAAAAUUAAUUCUUAGAUUAAGCUACGAUUAAGUGAAAUGGUAUCCAAAAUUCUUGUAGUGUCUUUGCUAAAAAUUUCUCUCGGGUUUUGUGGUGAAGUUCCCGUUUAUGUACAUGACUACAUAUUACU